AUGGCCCCAGAUCUUGUUUUAACAUCGGCCGCUUGCGUUGAAGACGUACAAAAUUUGUAUGUUAUAGCAGGUUACGAGAAAUAUAUUGAAGAUCAAGUAACAAAUGACGAGUGUGUUGAAACUAUGUUGAAGAAAGUUGUACACAUUUGUGUACCAAAAGCUUACGAUUUGAAUUAUGAUGACUUGGACAAGUGGGCUAACUAUGAUAUUGCUGUUAUCAAAGUGGAGUCAAAUAUCGUUGGAGAUGAAGGAUACAUCACCCACUGUAGUUACGCACCUACAGUGAUUGAUAUUAACUAUGAUGCCAAAGAACUACAGGAGGACGGUAGUGAGGCUAUGGCUUUAGGAUGGGGCCAUAUCAGAUAUUGGCGACAAGAAAAUGAUACGACAAAUUAUAACCAACAACUAUUACAAUACGGUGCAACAAAGAUUUAUAAUAAAAAAAAAUGUUUGAAAGAUUAUGAAAUGUACAAAAUGGACUUGGUGAUAAAGAAAUACAUGAUUUGUACAUCAGGUUUAGCUUCAUUUAACGAUGAGGGUGAAAUUAUAAAACAUGCAAAUAUAACACGUAAAAAUGGCGGUGAAAAUGAGACUGCAUCAACUGACAACAACUCUACCUCGCCUCACGAUGAUGUUGGAAUAUGUCAGAAUGAUCAUGGCGGACCACUUGUUUCUUGGGUGCGAGGUAAACCAGUAGUCAUCGGUGUCGCUUCUGCAUUCAAAGUGAAAGAUCGUGAAUGUACUGGGCCCUUUCUAUUUACAAGUACCUAUUGCAGCACAAACUUUUUGAGGUGUGUUGUGGCAGCCUUCGAGAGUGAAGAAGAGGGUGAAAACACCAGAAGAUCAAUGCCAGAAUUUUGCUACCAGCCUGCAGAAGAGAGGGGCUUUGAUAUAAUUCAGCGAGCUAUAUCAUGGGCAGAUCAUCCAGAUGGACCUGCAGAAAAUGAACAGAUAAAGACACGACCACAGUUAUUACUCUUUGACGCCAAGUAA